GCCCGCCCCUGGACUGAGUCCUGUGACCACCUACAAAAGCUCAAAGUUUCCAGCAGCAGCUCUUCCUCUGGGAGCUUCUGGAGCAGCUGGGGGACUGUGUGGAACAGAAUCUGGCUAAAAUCUGCCUGGGCUCCCAUUGCCUGGGGCAGGAAAUUUGGAAGAUGAAGCCCUUCAGUCCAGAGGUUUCCCCACACCCGCCCCAUGUCAUCACAGCCCACCUGCUUCAAAUCUGUACCCUCUUCCUGAUCUUGCUCGACAUGACAAGCUCCAGGGGUCCUGUGGUACCCAACCAACCCUUCACCACGAUCUGGAAUGCAGACACCCAGCGAUGCCUGAAGAACUACAGUGUGGACGUGGACGUCAGUAUCUUUGAUGUGGUAGCCAACCCUGGGCAAACCUUUCAUGGCCCUAACAUGACCAUUUUCUACAGCUCAGAGCUGGGCACCUACCCCUACUACACAGCCACUGGGGAGCCUGUGUUUGGUGGCCUGCCACAGAAUGCCAGCCUAAGUGAACACCUGGCCUACACAUUCCAUGACAUCCAGGCAGCUAUGCCUGCACCUGACUUCUCAGGGCUGGUGGUCAUUGACUGGGAGGCAUGGCGCCCACGCUGGGCCUUCAACUGGGACACGAAGGAUAUUUACCGAGAGCGCUCACAGGCACUGAUUCAGGCACAGCACCCUGAUUGGCCUGAAAGUCGGGUGAAGACAGUAGCCAAGGACCAGUUCCAGGAGGCUGCGAGGGCCUGGAUGGCAGGUACCCUCCAGCUAGGACAGACACUGCGUCCUCAUGGCCUCUGGGGCUUCUAUGGCCUCCCUGACUGCUACAACUAUGACUUUAAAAGUCCCAACUAUACAGGCCAGUGCCCAUUAGGCAUCCUUCCUGAGAAUGACCAGCUAGGGUGGCUGUGGAACCAGAGCCGUGCCCUCUACCCCAGUAUCUACAUACCUGCAGCACUGAUAGGCACAGGGAUGACACAGAAGUAUGUGCGACACCGUGUGGGUGAGGCAUUUCGUGUGGCCAGAACUGCCAGCAACCCCAGUCUACCAGUGCUGCCCUACAUCCAGAUCUUCUAUGAUACAACAAACCAUCUUCUGCCCCUGGAGGAGCUGGAGCACACCCUAGGGGAGAGUGCAGCUCAAGGAGCAGCAGGAGUGGUGUUCUGGGUGAGCUCAGAGGACACAAAUUCGAAGGUAAACUGCGGGGGAGCAUCAAGCUCACUGGGGCAACCUGGGCCCACCCUUCCACCUCUAAAGUUCUGGCUGGCAGCAUGGCAGUGUCUCAAUGCCCUAAGUGGGCCCAAGCAUGGCCAUGGUGUCCCUGACGCUCCCCUUCCCACCCAGGAAUCAUGCCAGGCCAUCAAAGAGUAUAUGGAUACCACACUAGGGCCCUUCAUCCUGAAUGUGACCAGUGGGGCUCUUCUCUGCAGUCAAGCCCUGUGCUCUGGCCAUGGCCGCUGUGCCCGCCACCCCAGCCAUCCUGAGGCCCUCCUCAUCCUCAACCCUGCCAGCUUCUCCAUCCAGUUCACACCUGGUGGCAAGCCCCUGACCCUGAAAGGUGGCCCCUCACUAGAAGAUCAGGCACAGAUGGCUAUGAAGUUCAGAUGUCGCUGCUACCGUGGCUGGCGUGGGGCAUUUUGCGGGCAGCCAGAUGUGUGAUGAUUGGCCACACCAGUCUGCACACACUGAGAACCUAAUGUACUCUGGGCUGGCCAUGGCUUCCUCAAAUACAGACACUGUCACUCAAAUCAUAGUCACAGGAGUACACUGAGUCACCAUCAUGGGCAUAUGCCUUGCACACAAACGCACACUCACAAACCAGGACAACUACAUAAGGAGUUAGCAACAGGGGCAGACACCACCGACCCCAUGUUCAAAGAUGUCUAUGUGACAAGAUCAUAGACAGUUCCUCUAGAGAACUUUGCAAGUCUUGUGCUAAUCAUGCCAAAUGGGCUAACUCUUCACAGUAAGUGUAAUGCACCCACUGGGAAGAUGUGUACUUUUUGCCCAAGGUUACACAGAAGAAAACAGAGAAGCUAGGAUUCAAACCAAAGCUAUCUGGCUCCAGAGAUAAAACCCUUGAACACCUACUGUGUGGUGGUGGUAGCCAGUCCCCUGAAUCCGCAGAUAGGCACCAGCCCCGCACAAUCCAGCCAAUAAAGUAGUCAUGAUUUA